UGCCCGCAGCUUCGGCGGCGCCAUGGUGGAGGCGGCGCCCGCGGGGCCCGGGCCGCUGCGGAGGACUUUCCUGGUACCCGAGAUCAAGUCGCUAGAUCAGUACGAUUUCUCGCGGGCCAAGGCGGCGGCGAGCUUGGCGUGGGUGCUGCGGGCCGCAUUCGGGGGAGCAGAGCACGUGCCCCCGGAGCUGUGGGAACCCUUCUAUACAGACCAAUAUGCGCAGGAGCAUGUGAAGCCCCCGGUGACGAGGCUGCUACUCUCUGCAGAGCUCUACUGCCGGGCUUGGCGCCAGGCUCUGCCACAGCUGGAGACACCUCCCAGUCCAUCUGCCCUGCUGGCUUUGCUGACACGGAGGGGCAUGGUACCCUCCCUGCCUGAGCGCCCAGUGUGUGAAGCCGACCUGAGACAUCAGCCCAUUCUCAUGGGAGCACACCUAGCAGUCAUUGAUGCCCUUAUGGUCACCUUCUCCUUCGAGUGGACAAAGACACUGCCUGGUCCCUUGGCUCUGUCCAGCUUGGAGCACAAACUCCUUUUCUGGGUAGAUAAGACUGUCCGAAGGCUACAGGAAAAGACAGAGCAAGAAGCUGCCCAACGUGCAUCUCCUGCUGCCCCUACAGAUGGGGCAGCUCCCACACAACCUUCGUGCCCCACACGCUGGUACUGGAAGCUGGUUCCUCACGCAAUUGCCUUCUGUUUGAAGGAGUCGGGGAACAAACCCCCCAUGAUCCGCUAUCGCAAAGACCGUGCUGUGGCCCGGCGUGCCCCCUGCUUUCCAAAUGUGACUACCCUCCAGGACCUGGCCAGUGGAGCUGCACUGGCUGCCACCAUCCACUGCUAUUGUCCCCAGCUAUUACGACUUGAGGAGGUGUGCCUCAAAGACCCCAUGUCUGUGGCAGACAGCCUGUACAACCUUCAACUGGUGCAGGACUUCUGUGCCUCCCAUCUUCCUCAUGGCUGCCCUCUAUCUCUGGAGGACUUACUGUAUGUCCCACCACCCCUCAAGGUUAACCUGGUGGUGCUGCUGGCUGAGAUGUUCAUGUGCUUUGAAGUGAUGAAGCCUGAUUUUGUACAGGCUAAGGACUUAUCUGAUGGACAUGCUGCCUCUCCCCGGGGCACUGAGGCUUCCCCGUCUCAGAACAACAGUGGCAGCAGUUCUCCUGUGUUCAACUUCCGUCACCCAUUAUUGUCACCUGGUGGGCCCCAGUCUCCACUCCGAGGAUCCACAGGCUCCCUGAAGUCAUCUCCAUCUAUGUCCCACAUGGAGGCCCUAGGCAAGGCGUGGAACCGCCAACUCAGCCGUCCCCUUUCCCAGGCAGUGUCGUUCAGCACCCCCUUUGGCCUGGACAGCGAUGUGGAUGUUGUCAUGGGAGACCCUGUCCUGCUGCGCUCUGUCAGUUCUGACAGUCUGGGUCCACCGCGUGCUCUAGCAUCCCGGAAUGCUGCUCAGCCACCCCCGGACCCUGGAGACUUACCUACUAUCGAGGAGGCUCUACAGAUCAUUCAUAGUGCUGAGCCUCGGUUACUUCCAGAUGGGGCAGCUGAUGGCAGCUUCUACCUCCACUCCCCUGAGGGGCCCUCUAAGCCACCACUGGUCUCCUAUCCAUCUGAGGGAACCUCAAAACCACUGCCUGAUGGGCUCACCAAAGCACCCAUCUAUGUGUCCCACUCUGAGACCCCCUCAAAACCAUCUCCCUGCCCAGGUGGGGAGGUACUAAAGCCACCAGACCCAUCCGAGGGGUCCCCAAAGGCAGUGGCUUCCUCUGCAGCAGCCAACAACUCUGAAGUAAAGAUGACCAGUUUUGCUGAACGCAAGAAACAGCUGGUGAAGGCUGAGGUCGAGGUGGGAAUAGGGUCCCCCACAUCCACUUUAGCACCACCUGAGGCCGUGAGCUCAGAGAUGAGUGAGCUGGGAGCCCGUCUGGAGGAGAAACGUCGUGCUAUUGAGGCCCAGAAACGACGCAUUGAGGCCAUCUUUGCCAAACACCGCCAGCGACUGGGAAAGAGUGCCUUCCUGCAGGUGCAGUCACGAGAGGCUGCAGAGGAAGAGACUGAGCCAGGCUCAGUCCCCAGUGGGGAGCGACCAGCAGGCGAGGGCCAGGGCCAGGGCGAGCCUUCCUCACGGUCUAAGUCAGUUACCUUUUCUCCAGAGCUGGGCCCAGUGCCCCCUGAGGGCCUGGGGGAUUACAACAGAGCAGUUAGUAAGCUGAGUGCUGCCUUGAGCUCUCUUCAACGGGACAUGCAGAGACUAACAGAUCAGCAGCAGCGGCUUCUGGCUCCACAGGAGGCCUCUGGACCUGCCCCACCACCUGCAGCAUGGGUCAUUCCUGGCCCCACAACUGGGCCUAAGGCUGCAUCCCCUAGCCCUGCCCGGCGUGCCUCAGCUGCUCGGCGCAGCCCAGGGCCUGGUCCCAGCCCAACACCCCGUAGCCCCAAACAUGCAAGGCCAGCAGAGCUGCGGCUGGCACCCCUGACAAGGGUGCUUACACCACCCCAUGAUGUAGACAGCCUCCCACACCUACGCAAGUUCUCACCGAGCCAGGUGCCAGUACAGACACGCUCUUCCAUCCUACUAGUGGAGGGGACACCUCCUGAGGAGCCUGCAGCCCGGUCCAGCCUCAUUGAGAUCCCCUUAGGCAGCCUGGGAGAGCCUGCUGCUGAUGAGGAGGGAGAUGGAAGCCCCCCUGGUGCUGAGGAUUCUUUAGAGGAAGAGGCAUCUUCUGAGGGAGAGCCCCGGGUUGGGCUUGGAUUCUUCUACAAGGGUGAAGACAAGCCUGAAGAUGAGAUGGCCCAAAAACGGGCCACCCUGCUAGAGCGGCAACAGCGGAGGGCAGAGGAGGCCCGAAGGCGCAAACAGUGGCAGGAGGCUGAGAAAGAGCAGCGGAGGGAGGAGGCUGUGAGGCUGGCUCAGGAGGUUCCAGGUCUAGCUCCUGCAGCACCCACAGCUCCCUUAGUGCCGACAGCCACCCCAGCCCCUGCUGCCCGAGCCCAGUUCCCAGCUGAGGAGGAAGUAGGCCCUCGGCGUGGGGACUUCACAAGGCUGGAGUAUGAAAGAAGGGCUCAGCUGAAACUGAUGGAUGAUCUUGAUAAGGUGCUUCGGCCCCGGGCUGCGGGAACCGGGGGACCAGGUCGGGGCGGGCGGAGGGCCCCCCGGCCACGCUCUGGUUGCUGUGAUGACUCGGCCCUGGCACGAAGCCCAGCUCGUGGCCUGCUGGGCUCACGACUCAGUAAGAUUUAUUCUCAGUCCACACUGUCCCUGUCUACCGUGGCCAAUGAGGCCCCCAAUAACCUUGGUGUGAAGAGGCCCACCUCUCGGGCCCCAUCCCCAUCUGGCCUCAUGUCCCCCAGCCGCCUGCCUGGCAGUCGAGAACGUGACUGGGAGAACGGCAGUAAUGCCUCCUCCCCUGCAUCGGUGCCCGAGUACACAGGUCCCCGGCUAUACAAGGAGCCCAGUGCCAAAUCCAACAAGUUCAUUAUCCACAAUGCUCUGUCACACUGCUGCCUGGCUGGGAAGGUGAAUGAACCACAGAAGAACCGCAUUCUGGAGGAAAUUGAGAAGAGUAAAGCCAACCACUUCCUGAUUCUUUUUCGGGACUCGAGCUGCCAGUUCCGGGCGCUGUACACACUUUCGGGAGAGACAGAGGAGCUAUCAAGACUAGCCGGCUAUGGUCCCCGUACUGUCACACCAGCCAUGGUCGAAGGCAUCUAUAAGUACAAUUCAGACCGCAAACGCUUCACCCAGAUCCCUGCCAAGACCAUGUCCAUGAGUGUGGAUGCCUUCACCAUCCAGGGACAUCUCUGGCAAAGCAAGAAGCCUACAACACCUAAGAAGGGCAGUGGCACCCCCAAAUAGGCAGUUCACAGGCUGGAGAGGGGUGCUGUUUAGGCCACUGGCCCAUUAUAGGGCAGUUCAUUGGUUAUUCCUGGGUCCUGUCACCGUCCUUGUCUAGGUGGAGCUGGAGUCCCCACCCUCUAACUUUGAGUCUGGUCCUGCUGUGGGGGUUGAGCUGGGAAGUUCAGGGACUCAGGGCUCAGUUUCAGCCCCCCCCCCUUGUCUGUUUGUCCUCCCUACACUCUUGAAUAAAUAAUUUAGAGAAGUA